AUGGAAGAGCUUGGAGCAAAUACAUGUCAUGAAAAUGUGAGAAUAACCAUUACGUACAAGCUGCCUCGUCAUCCAUAUUGUCUUCUUGUUGCAGUUGUGGUGGCUGCGGCGACAACAUCAACUAGGGAUAUUGGGGAGUAUAUCAUCACUGUUUUUCUGUAUUCUCUUCGAAGUACUCCAUCAACAAAAUCAAAAGGGAAGGAUUUCAUGGAAUCUAGAGUGGUCAAGGUUAAAUAUCGCAACAGUGUUCGACGUUUUACUGUUGCUCCAAAUGGAACCAAUUUUUCUGACUUGCGUGGACUCAGAGAGAAAAUUCUUCAUCUCUUUAACAUUUCUUCCGAAGAUCAAGACUUUUCCUUAACGUACAUUGAUGAAGACUCUGACGAAAUCUCUCUUAUUGACGAUGAAGAUCUUUACGAGGCUUUCAGGUUAAAUCUGAAACCUUUGAGAAUCUUUGUAACCGGUAAAACCAUAGACUUUGUUUUACCAAGUACCAGUUCUACUUCUUUUUCUUUUUCUUCUGCUUCUUCUUCGAGGUCUGAGGAAACCUUGGAAAGCUCUGGACGUUUAAAUUCUUCAUCGGAACUAAUCGAUGUACUAGUCAAGGUCUCAGGUCUUAUCACCGAUAGUUUGAUCCAAAAGUUUCAAGAACGUAACAAAACUAAUGACAACAUAGCUUUUGAUAGUAAGGUUGAGAAAGACACUGAAUUAUUGUUAGAUUUGAAUUUGUCUUGUGAUGAUCUUGAUCAAGGUGAGCUUGACGAAGCAUUUUCCAGUGAAGAAAAUCCCUCCUCAAUGAUGGUCGAAGAAAAUGAUAAAAAUCUCAGAAAAAUACAAGAUUUCAUGGAGGGAGUGAAGAAGAUGGCUGUUGCUUCUUAUUAUUAUCCACGAUUUGACUCGUUGAGAUUUGUUGAUCAUGCAAAGUGGAAUAAUGAGUUUGUGGAGUCGAGUCUGAAGAAGUUUAAGAAUUGUCACUUUUUUGAAGAUCCAUUAGUACACCAGACCAUGGGGAAAUUAUUGUUCAAUGAAGUCAGGACUAAGAAGACUAUGGAUCGUGCUUAUGAAGAAGAUGAUGAAGGGGAAAAUAAGGAAGAAAAUGAUGAUGAAGGAGAUGAAGAAGAAGAAGAUGAAUAUGGUGAAGAAGAUUAUAAAGAUGAUGAAGAUGAUGAAUAUGAUGAUGAAAAAGAAGAAGAUGAACAUGAUGAUGAAGAUGGAGAAGAUGAAUAUGAUGAUGAAGAAGAAGAUGAUGAUGGAGAUUUCAGUACUGAUGUUGAAGAUGAAUCUCUACCUGUAUCAGAUAUUGUGGCAGCUGAAGAUGAUGAUGAAUCUCUACCAGAGAUUGUUGCACCUGAAGAUGAUGAUGAUUUGUUAGGUAGUGAUAAUACAAAAGUUGAAGAGGAAGCCAUUCUGGAUAAAGUUGCUGAAAUGGGAUUUAGUUUGAACAGCUUAACUGAGGAGAUUUUGAAAGUGCAUAACUAUAACUUAGAGCAUUCUAUGGAGUAUCUGUGUGAUGAUUUUGAGUGGGAUUUAAUGCUUGAAGACCUGCUUGAAAUGGAAAGGGAUAUGUGA